CUUCAUUUUUCAUUUUCCUUUUUUCUUUUUCCUUUCUUCACAUUUAAAUAAUCUCAAUCCUCUCUACUUCUCUUCUCUAACAACAGCUUUUCCACAACACCAGCACCUUCAAGAUCCAUCUCACACAUAUAUUUAGGAUCAAACCCUAGAUUUUCUUCUGACUUCCAUCUCACUUUUCAUCUCAUCUCAAUCAUACAGAUCAUUGUUUACUCCGACUGGGGUUUCCAAUUUCGAUUAGAAUUAGGGGUUUGGUGAAUUCUGGUCGAAAUUAAAAUGAUUUCGAAAUCGUAUGCAAACUUGUUAGAUCUAGCUAACGGGAAUUUCCCAGCUAUGGAAGAACCCAGAAGGAAGAUGAUCUCCAGGACAAUGACUGUCCCCGGAGUUCUAACAGAGCUCGACGAUGAUCAAGCUCGCAGCGUUUCAUCCGACGCCCCUUCAACAGUUAUGGCGGAUAGGUUAAUCGUUGUAGCCAAUCAACUCCCGAUUAAAGCUACACGGAAAAUCGAUGAUAAUGGCGAAUCAUCAUGGAGCUUCACCUGGGAUGAGAAUUCUUUAUAUAAGCACAUAAAAGAUGGUUUGCCUGAUGAAAUGGAGGUUAUCUACGUAGGCUCACUUAGGGCUGACAUUGAUCUUAACGAACAAGACGAUGUUUCACAGAUUUUGCUAGAGAGAUUCAAAUGUGUUCCAGCGUUUCUCCCUCCCGAUGUUUUAGACAAGUAUUAUCACGGAUUCUGCAAGCAACAUCUAUGGCCGCUCUUCCAUUACAGACUACCGUUUUCAGCCAGCCAUGGUGGUAGAUUUGACCGGUCUUUAUGGGAAGCGUAUGUAGCUGCAAACAAAAUAUUCUCUCAAAAGGUAAUCGAAGUUAUAAAUCCAGAUGAUGAUUACGUCUGGAUUCAUGAUUAUCACCUAAUGGUACUUCCAUCUUUCUUAAGAAGACAUUUCAAUAGACUCAGAAUGGGUUUCUUCCUCCAUAGCCCAUUCCCAUCUUCAGAAAUCUACAGAACUUUACCGGUAAGAGAAGAAAUCAUCAAAUCACUUCUAAACGCCGAUCUUCUAGGGUUCCACACAUUUGACUACGCCCGACAUUUUCUUUCUUGCUGUAGCAGAAUGCUCGGGUUGGAAUACCAAUCAAAACGAGGCUACAUCGGAUUGGAAUACUACGGGAGAACAAUCGGAAUCAAAAUCAUGCCAAGUGGAAUCCACAUGGGACAAAUGGAAUCCAUAUUAAGACAACCCGAAAAACAGACACGUGUCCACGAGCUUCAACAACAAUUCCAAGGAAAGACAAUUCUCUUAGGUGUCGAUGAUUUGGACACCUUCAAAGGCGUAAACCUAAAAGUCUUAGCAAUGGAACAAAUGCUGAAAUCACACCGAUCAUGGAUUGGACGCGCAAUCUUAAUCCAAAUCUUGAAUCCAGCUCGUGGAAAAGGUCGCCAUGUGGAAGAAAUCGAAGCUGAAAUAAGAACAAGCACUGAAAGAAUCAAUCAGGAAUUGGGGAUUCCAGGGAGUAAUUACAAUCCAAUCAUACUUAUCGACACCCCACUUUCUUUAACAGAAAAAGCCGCUUACUACACAAUUUCAGAAGCUGCAAUUGUCACAGCCAUUAGAGACGGAAUGAAUCUAACCCCAUACGAAUACAUCGUAUGUAGACAAGGUAUCUCAGGGUCAGAUUCGUCAAAUUCCCCUCAAAAAUCCAUGUUAGUAGUAUCCGAAUUUGUCGGGUGUUCACCUUCUUUAAGUGGGGCCAUACGUGUGAACCCAUGGAACGUGGACGCCACAUCAGAAGCCAUGUAUGAAGCUAUUUCAACUUCCGACCUUGAAAAACAAAUGAGACAUGAGAAGCAUUAUAAAUACGUAAGCAGCCAUGAAGUUAGUUAUUGGUCUAGAAGCUUCUUUCAAGACCUUGAGAGAACAUGCGUUGAACAUUUCAGAAGACGAUGUUGGGGAAUCGGAUUGAGCUUCGGGUUCAGAGUCGUCGCCCUCGAUCCGAUGUUCAGGAAGUUGACAAGUGGCGCGAUCGUGGCCGCAUACGAACACGCUCAAAAUCGAGCUAUUUUAUUAGACUAUGAUGGCACUGUGAUGCCACAAUCAUCGAUUGAUAAACGCCCGAGUCACGAAGUCAUUUCGAUUUUAAAAAAAUUAUGUAACGACCCGAAAAACACGGUGUUUGUUGUUAGUGGAAGAGGGAGAGAAGAUCUUGCUAAAUGGUUUGCUCCGUGUGAGAGGCUUGGAAUUGCAGCUGAACAUGGUUACUUUAUAAGGUGGCCGGGGGAGAAAGAAUGGGAGACGUGUGCGCAAGGGAUGAAUUUUGGGUGGAUGCAGAUGGCGGAACCGGUGAUGAGAUUAUAUACGGAUGCGACUGACGGGUCGUAUAUUGAAAGGAAAGAAAGUGCGUUGGUGUGGCAUCAUCAGGAUGCGGAUCCGGGUUUCGGGUCGGCCCAAGCGAAGGAAAUGUUGGAUCAUUUAGAAAGUGUUCUUGCUAAUGAACCGGUUGUGGUCAAAAGCGGUCAAUAUAUUGUUGAAGUCAAACCACAGGGUGUGACGAAGGGUUUAGUGGCAGAGAAGAUAUUUUCAUCGAUGUUUAAGAAAGAAAGAAGGGCUGAUUUUGUGUUGUGUGUGGGGGAUGAUAGAAGUGACGAAGAUAUGUUUGUGAUGAUUGGGGAUGCCAUAAAAGGAGGUGUCAUUUUGAAUGUGAAUAAUCGAUCAGUGUUUGCAUGUACUGUGGGACAGAAACCAAGUAGGGCAGAGUAUUAUUUGGAUGACACAGUGGAGGUUAUGAAUAUGAUUGAGAAUCUUGGUGACGUGUCAGUGUCUGAAAAUGAAGAAGAAUCUGAAGAAGAAGAAGAUGAUGAUGAUGGGAGUGAGUCUUGAUGUUUAUGUUAAUUCGAAUACCUCUGCUUGGGGUUGUACAUUCUGAAGCGGAGGUUGUACAUUCUGAUGAAGAAAGUAAAAGGAAGGAGGUAAUGGUAAAGAAGGAGGGUUUUUAGAUUUUAUAGGUUAAAACAGGUGAGUUUGUUUAUUGGGAAGAUGGAUGGGAGAUUAAAAAAGAAAGGUAAAUAGAGGUGCCGAUGUUGAAAAAAAAGAUUGUUUUUUCUUUCUUUCUUUCUUUGUGUCUUCUGAAUGAACAGAUGAAAUGAACUGAACUGUGAACUGGAAGUGG